ACGAUGAAUCUGAAGAAUUCUUGGAACUGUUCGACACGGAAGUUACAUAUAUUGAGGGUGGACGCACUGCUACUGGGUUCUAUACGGUUGAAGAUAUGCUGUACACAAAGCGUUUAUACCGAGUGCAUGCCGCUGGUUCAUCGGUCCACUUAGAGCCCGUCGCCGUACAUUUUGAUUCACUAGAUCCUCGAUAUGCCUUUAUGCUAGACUGUGGUAUUACAUUGUACAUCUGGCUUGGAUGCGCUUCGAAGAAUACAUUGAAUUCCAAAACACGGCUGAUGGCAGAAAAAAUUAAUAAAACUGAGAGGAAAAAUAAAUGCGAAAUCAUACUCGAAAUGCAAGGAGAAGAAAAUGAAGACUUUUGGAAGAACUUUGGAGCUGAUCCACAAGCAAUAUCAAAACAUAAAAUUCCCCAGCAUGUAAGCAAUGAUUUUGUACCUUCUACGCCUCGCCUAUAUCAAGUUCAACUUGGAAUGGGCUAUUUGGAGUUACCACAAGUGGAAUUUCCAGAUCAAAAACUUGUUCAUACUUUAUUGAAUAGCAAAAAUGUUUACAUAUUGGAUUGCUAUACAGAUUUAUUUGUGUGGUUUGGUAAGAAAUCCACCCGAUUGGUACGAGCCGCUGCGAUAAAAUUAUCGAGAGAACUUUUUCGAAUGAUUAAUCGUCCAGACUUUGCCGUAGUAACUCGCUUACAGGAAGGAACUGAAUCACAAAUAUUCAAAUCUAAAUUUACUGGAUGGGAUGAAGUAAUGGCCGUAGAUUUUACACGCACAGCUAACUCUGUAGCUAAAACUGGCGCAGACUUAACCAAAUGGGCUCGUAAGCAAGAAACUCGGGCCGACUUAGCCGCCCUUUUUAUGCCUCGUCAAAACUCGAUGCCCCUAAGUGAGGCCGAGCAGUUAGAAGAAGACUGGAACUAUGACCUUGAAGCAAUGGAAGCUUUUGUGUUAGAAGGUAAAAAAUUUGUUAGAUUGCCAGAAGACGAAUUGGGUAAUUUUUACACGGGGGAAUGCUAUGUGUUUCUUUGCCGUUAUUGUAUACCCAUUGAGGAGGAAGAAGUUGACGUGGAUGAUAUUAAACACUCAGACGACGAAAUUCAAUGCGUAGUAUACUUUUGGCAAGGGCGUAAUGCCAGUAAUAUGGGAUGGUUAACUUUUACUUUUACUUUACAAAAAAAAUUCAAAGCAAUGUUUGGAGAAGAGUUAGAGGUAGUGCGGAUUCAUCAACAGCAAGAAAAUCUAAAAUUCAUGGCACAUUUCAAGCGCAAAUUUAUAAUUCACACCGGAAAACGAAAAGACAAGUCUACUUUAAAGCCGGCAGUCGAAUUCUUCCACUUGCGGUCCAAUGGUGGAGCGUUAUGUACACGCUUAAUUCAAAUUCAACCAGAUGCAGCAAACUUAAACUCCGCAUUUUGCUACAUUUUGUACGUUCCGUUUGACACGGAAGACGAAUUGCAAUCAGGAAUUGUUUACGUUUGGAUGGGUUUAAAGUCUUCUACAGAGGAGUGUAAACUCAUCCAGGAGAUAGCUGAGAAAAUGUUCAAUAAUCCAUGGGUUAGUCUACAGAUCCUGAAUGAAGGCGAAGAGCCAGAGAAUUUCUUUUGGGUUGCUUUAGGUGGACGCAAAGCUUACGACGCAAAUGCAGAUUUUAUGAAUUAUACCAGGCUUUUCCGGUGUUCCAACGAGAAAGGAUAUUUUACAGUUGCAGAAAAAUGUACGGAUUUUUGUCAGGAUGACUUGGCAGAUGAUGACAUAAUGAUAUUGGACAACGGUGAACAAGUUUUUUUGUGGCUUGGUUCCAGGUGUAGUGAAGUGGAAAUUAAGCUAGCAUAUAAGUCAGCACAGGUUUAUAUACAACAUUUGCGUAUCAAGCAACCUGAUAGACCACGAAAACUUUUUCUAACAUUGAAAAAUAAGGAGUCUAAACGCUUUACAAAAUGUUUCCAUGGAUGGAGUACUCAUAAGUCACCCCCGGAGUAAAUGUUAUUUUUAGGAAGCAUAUACAUACUCUCCGAUCUAAGAGGAUUGUUAGAUUAUAAAAUAAUCCAAAAUUUCUAUCAAAGUUUUACAGGAUCCAAGCACAAUUUUAUUUUUUUAUGCGCGAGUUGAAGUAAGGUUGCCAAGUUCAUGUAGAUUUUAAUUCAGGUUUUAUUUAACUAAUUGAUUAACAAUAGGUAUUUGAGAGAAUGAAUGAAUGUGUAGAGACUAUCCCUUACACUGGCACUGUAGUACAUUGAGGUGGCAACACUGAGCUGGAUGAAGCGACGUCAAUUUUGAACUUUUAACCGACGCAUGGCAGCUAACAACACGCUAAAAUAGAUACACAAUUCUUUUUGACAUUUUUUAGUUGCAGCACAUUCGUUUUGUGAGAAUUGUAUUUGACUUAAAUUUACAAUAAAGAAAUAAAUAAACAAGUU